AAAAAGGUAACCCCACUUACUUCGAAAGCACCGUGUUUAUAAAACCCCCCAAAUCCCACCCAUUCUUCCCCCAACUCUCAUCUCCUUUCUCAAGUCGCUGAUCAACGAAGAAGAAUAUUCAUCGCAUAUUUGGAAUAAGCAAGCUUCCAAAAACCACACUCGAAUCGACAAUGGAAUUCGAAAACUAUUUUACCGACGACUUAAAUCCCAUUUCAUCACCCGAAAAAUCUUUACCUUGCUUCGACUGCAGUAUCUGCCUCGACUUUGCUAAAGACCCUGUGGUUACGCUUUGCGGUCAUCUAUAUUGCUGGCCGUGUAUCUACAAAUGGCUAUCUUUUCAGACCGAUUCAGAUAAUAAUCCGUUAUGUCCCGUAUGUAAAUCCGAAAUAUCCCACACCUCAGUGGUCCCACUUUACGGUCGGGGCAAAACACUACCCGAAAACGAACCCGACACCAAAACAUCAAGCGCAGUUAUCCCACCUAGACCACACGCGUGUCUCUUAACCACACCCGACCCCACCCGACAAUUUGCUUAUGGUAACUCGCAGUAUAGAAGUUACGAUUCUAGCACUGGAGUUUACAGUCAUGGCGUUGAAGAUUAUAACUCGAACGUAUGGAUGUAUGGAGAAAUGAUUUAUGCUCGGGUGUUCGGGAAUUCACAGAGGUUAUACGCGUUUCCGAACUCGUAUCAUCUAGCUGGGAGUAAUACUCCCAGAUUAAGAAGGCAAGAGAUGCAGGUUCACAGAUCUUUAAACAGAUUAACUAAUUUUCUGUUUUGCUGCUUGUUUUUGUGUCUUUUGCUGUUUUAGCUCUAAGGUAGGUUAGUCUUAUUUAUUACACAUUAUUAUUGUGCAGUUUUGUAAUAGCAUCAUAUGUACAUUUCAGAAUUAAUAAUUUUAUAAGGUUUUGUAUAAACGUAA